AUGUGUCGUAUUCCAGUUAAACCACAAACACCAAUCGAUUAUUAUUAUAAAUCAUCACAAGAGUUAUUGGAUCAAGCUGAUGUUCACUAUAGAUAUGGUCGAUUAGAAGAAAGUUUCAUAUUAUAUUCACGAUAUAUCAUUCUGCAUGCUGAAGGAUUGAGAAAACUUCAUCCCAAUUAUUCUUUGGUAUCGAAUAUAGAAAAAAAUCACGUAAAUGAGGUAAUUAAAACAAGAGCAUUUCCACGUGCUGAAGAACUCAAGAAAAAACUUCAAGAUAAAUAUGAACAAAAUAUUAGUCUCUCAUCGGAUGAACUCAAACGAGUAGAAUCUUCGGAUGUUAGUGAAAAUAGUACUUUUACAAAAGGAGCAAAUAAUCACAAUGAAAAUGAUGUUGUACCUCAAAAAAUUAAAUCAAAUUAUGUUGAUUCUCAGCCAGGAUUAAUAACAAAAAAUAUGUCUGUUGUACCGGCAACGGAUAAUGUUCAAUUUCAGAUUAGAAAAGAACCCCAAGUUGAUCGUUCAACAAAGCCGAAUUAUUCAAAUUUGAUAUCUUAUCGUCGUGUUGUUAUACCAUCAGAUAUAACUACAACAUUUUUGAAUGUUGCUCAACAAAAUACAACACGAAAUAUUGAAACAUGUGGAGUUUUAGCGGGAUCAAAGACAGAUAAUAAUCAAUACAUAAUUACACAUAUUGUUGUUCCAAAACAAAAUGGAGGUCCAGAUUCAUGUGAUACAGAGAAAGAGGAAGAAAUGGUUGAAUAUAUUACAAGCAAUGAUUUAAUUACUCUAGGAUGGAUACAUACGCAUCCUAGUCAAACAGCAUUUUUAUCAAGUGUCGAUUUGCAUACUCAUUUAUCAUAUCAGAUAACUGGUAUAUUUUCAUUAACAAAUGAUCGAGGUAUUCCAGUUCUAUCAACAUGCAAUAAAACGGGUUUUCAUGAACAUGCAAAUAAUCCACCAUUAUAUCAGUUAGUAGUUUGCCAACGAAAUCAUAAAUUCAAUGUCAAUGGUGAAUACUCCUGCCAUGUUUCGACAAUUUAUCAAUCAAAAAUACAGUGGCAUUUUUUAUCUAGCGGACGAACAAUGCAUGUCAAUAUUUUAGCCUCAUCUGAAGGAAGAAUGGGUUAUCCAUCCGAAAAGUAUGAGCCAACAACAAUAACUGCUCUAGAUAAAGAAGAAGACAAAAACAUCAAACCAUUAAUUAGUGGUUUAUAUAAUGAUGGAUUCCAGUUGAACAACGAAAUUCGAAUUGUCGGUGCAGUGUUUGCUUUUCCUAGACAAUUUAUUUGUUGGAAUGUUUUUGAACCAGAAGAUAUGACACCGGAGUCUUUAUCGAUUUUAUCUGUUAUAGAACCGAAACCGGAUAUUUUUAUAUUAGGAAUUGGUUCACCAAACAAUCAGUUACCGAAAGAAACAAUUAAAUAUCUCAAAGAUCUCAGAAUUGGCUUUGAAAUAUUACCGACAACUCAAGCUGUUGAAACUUACAAUUUUUUAUUAAAUGAUGACCGUUUGGUAUAUGGUGCAUUUUUUCCCGAAAAAGAUAUUAAAGAUUCAAUGUAUGGAUUACGUCAAGCAAUAGCAAAAAGCCAAUAUUACGAAUCAACCGAAGAUUAUACAAAAGGCGAAUCUUUAAGUGAUUCACUACGAAAUGUUGUUGAGACAUAUCGAGCAUCAAAAUUGGGAUCAGAUAAAAAAUAUAUACAAUCACCAUUAAUGGGAAAAAACAGUACAGAUGAAAAUGAGAGUCAGAUUAAUAUAUCAAAUUCGGAGGUGAAAUCAUUAACAGGAACAAGCGUCAAGGAAAAGAGAGCGACAAAAAAAUUAACUAAUAAUGAUGAAAUAAAUAAAGCUUAG